UGCGCGGACGUCGUUGGUCUACAAGUACAAGCAUUGCGGCGCACGUGUCGACGCCCCUAGCGCCCUGUGAUCCAUGGAUCCAACUCUCGAGCUAGCUACGGACCCUCCUUUGUGUGUUUUCAUCCGUCAACCUCUCUGUUCCGCAGAUUGUUGAAGAAUUGAUUCUAGCGAACGCAUUCAUUCUAGGUUUGAUAUACAAAAAAUAGAAUACGGUGUGAAGGUAAACAAGAGAAGAGUAAAGUCGAACGAAGGUUUCCCGGGAGGUUACAUGCAUCGGUAAGACUUACCUCCUUGCUCUCUCAGCCAUUGAUCUUCAAAAUGUCCUCUCCUGUAGCAAAUACUUCCAGCAGUCCGACAAGUAACUCCGGUAUCGGCAGAAGGUCAAAUAGCUCGGCAGUGAGCAAUGGCACUUUGCAGAGUACUGCUCCUGGUCAGAGCACACAAAGCUCGCUGGGGCCUUCUUCCUCCUCGGGUCGCGAGUCGGGUCUUUAUGAUAGCAGCGAUACGAACACAACGCAAAGCACCAACAUCGAUGGUUCCAUUGCAGCGGCAUCACUGCACAGUGAAAAGGCAGCAAUGCCCAGCCUAGCUGAACAACCACCAACUGAAGCAGGCAUGCCCAGUAAGCCAGCAGCAGCAGCACCACCACCGCCACCAAGCAAACCUAAUGUUCUUGCUGGCGGCAAGGUACCGUGGACACCAGUAACGGUGACCUGCUGGUUUAUGCUGGGCAUCAUACGCGGCACAACGGCCAUCAUGCUGGCGCUGGCGGGUGACGACAUUCGUCCGACGGUCAUUGUGAUACUGCGCUCACCAGGUACGAUAGCCUUGUUUGCACUGGUGAUGAUUGUCUGGAGCUACAACAGCCCGGCGCUGAAAGCCAACAUGAAAGAGGUGCUAUCCACACCCAUGACCUACCCUAAGCUGAUGGUGCUUGGCGUCAUCCAGUCCGGUGGGCCGUUCCUGCUCUUUACGUACGGCCUGACGCACGUUCCCGGCUCAUUCGGCGGUGCGUUCCUAGCGAGCGUGCCCGUGUGGACUGUUCUGGUGGAUCAGACCCUGUUCAGAGCCCUCGGU